AAAAUGUGGUAUGCGAGUUUGCUGGUUCACAUUUUCCUCCUAUUUUGUUGCCACUGUGUGGAGCCCCUAAGCAUUGCUAACAUUUGAUUUGACAUUUGGUUGUCAAUGUUGAGAUAGACAUUGACAUUUAGCUCACGUGCGGACUCUACCUAGGUAUACAAAAUAUAACCUAAAAUAGCAAGUUCGAAGUGAUACUCUUUCUAAAAUACAUUUUUCACUUAAUUUGUAAUCAUGGUUUCAAUGAAGCAGCCUAUACCAGAAAAAGCACGGUCUGAAAAAACACGUAAGAAAUCAAAACUAAAUAAAAUUAAAAAGUCACAACUGAAACAAGAAAAAGCAUCUUUAAAACCAAUUAAAAAAAAACAGAUUAUCACAAAGAAAUCUAUAAAUGAGCUCAAUAAUGUGGCGAAUAAAGUUAAAUUGUUCAUGCCUUCAAAAUAUAUUACUGAGAAGUUAGUAGAACAGUGUUUACAAGCCUUGGAAAAAUUGACUGCUGCUACGAAGAAUAAGAAUGCAAUAUUCGAUGAGGAGACUCCAAUAUUUGCUGAAAUCAAGUGUAUAAAAAUCCAGAAUACCAGGGGAAAUAUAAAAAUUGUGCUUCCAUACAGCACUGCUGCUUCUACGGGUGAGGUUUGCCUGAUUGUUCCUGAUCUAAAAAAAGGAAAAAAGCCUGAUCAUGAACCAACCAUAGAUCAUUGGGAAGAAAUAUUGAGGAAAGCAAAUGUGACUGCGGUGAAAACUAUACUACCUAUGAGACAACUGAGAGUUGAAUAUGAUCAAUUUGAACUGAAACGGAGACUGAUGACACAGCAUGAUUUUCUUAUGGUUGAUACUAGAAUCCUGAACCAUGUAUCACAUGUAUUGGGGAAAAUGUUCUUUAAAAAACAUAACAUGUUAAUACCUGUUCGCAUCAAUGAGAAAGCAGAUAUUAAGAAAGAUAUUGACACUGGUUUGCGAUCUGUUAUGCUGCGUUUGAAUGAAGGACAUACAUCUACUAUUGUAGUUGGACACACGGGCAUGCCCCAAAAACAACUAAAAGAAAAUGUUAUGUCUUUAAUAGAAAGUUUACAAAAAAAGUUCCCUGGUGGAGAAGCCAAUAUAAGGUCAAUAUCUUUGAAAUUGCCCUUAUCUUUGUCCAUACCACUAUAUGUAACCUUGAGAUCAUCAAAUACAAUUAAUGUACCAAGAAUAAUGAAUAAAAAGCCUAAAUACUUUACCGAGGUAGAAGAUGAAUUAUCAACGAUUCCAGGAAGCAGAGUUCGAGUUGCCCCCGAUGGGACAGUGCAUGUCUUAAAAUCAAAGGAUCGAGAGGGGUUUGAAGACUCUGGUUCUGGUGUGGAGAGUGAAAAUGAUGAAGUAAUGGCAGGAGCAGAACCCGAAAGUGUUCAAUAAAUAAUUAUAAAUUAAUUGUACUGCUUAUGAUAAAAGAAUAAAAUAUUCAAUGAAAA